AGAUCCUGCGCCGGUAAGGAUUUGAGCUGAACUGUAUCAAGUUUUAUGUUUUCCAAGAGACUGAUCCAGAAAACAUGGCUACUGCAAUUAGGGAGGUGGGGGUUUGGAGACAGACCAGAACACUCCUCCUGAAGAAUUACCUCAUUAAGUGCAGAACUAAAAAAAGUAGUGUUCAGGAAAUUCUUUUUCCACUCUUUUUUUUAUUUUGGUUAAUAUUAAUUAGCAUGAUGCAUCCAAAUAAGAAAUAUGAAGAAGUUCCUGAUAUAGAACUUGCCCCUAUGGACAAAUCUGUUCUCUCUAACCUAAUUCUUGGAUAUACUCCAGUGACUAAUACUACAAGAAACAUCAUGCAGAAAGUGUCUUCUGAUCACCUUCCUGAUGUCAUAAUUACUGAAGAAUAUACAAGUGAGAAAGAAUUGUUAGUGUCCAGUCUUUCUAAGCCCAACAACUUUGUAGGUGUGGUUUUCAAGGAUAUCAUGUCCUAUGAACUCCGUUUUUUUCCUGAUAUGAUUCCAGUAUCUUCUAUCUAUAUGGAUUCAAGAGCCGGCUGUUCAACAACAUGCGAGGCUACUCGGUACUGGUCCUCAGGGUUCACCGUUUUACAGGCGUCCAUAGAUGCCGCCAUUAUACAGCUGAAGACCAAUGUUUCCUUUUGGAAAGAGCUGGAGUCCACUAAAGCUGUCAUUAUGGGCGAAACUGCUGUGGUUGAGAUAGACACGUUUCCCCGAGGAGUCAUUUUAAUAUACCUUGUCAUCGCCUUUUCGCCUUUCGGGUACUUUCUGGCGAUUCAUAUCGUAGCAGAAAAAGAGAAAAAGUUAAAAGAGUUUUUAAAGAUAAUGGGACUUCAUGACACUGCUUUUUGGCUUUCAUGGGUUCUUCUGUAUACAAGUUUGAUUUUCCUAAUGUCUCUUCUUAUGGCGGUCAUUGCAACAGCUUCUUCAUUAUUCCCUCAAAGUAGCUGCGUUGUGAUAUUUCUACUUUUUUUCCUGUACGGGCUAUCCUCUGUAUUUUUUGCUUUAAUGCUGACACCUCUUUUUAAAAAAUCAAAACAUGUGGGGAUAGUUGAAUUUUUAGUCACCGUGGCUUUUGGAUUUAUUGGCCUUUUGAUAGUCGUCAUGGAAAGUUUUCCCAAGUCACUGGUGUGGCUUUUCAGUCCUUUCUGUCAGUGUACGUUUUUGAUUGGUAUUGCACAGGUCAUGCACUUAGAAGAUUUUAAUGAAGGUGCUUUGUUUUCCAAUUUGACCGAAGGCCCAUAUCCUCUAAUUAUCACUCUUGUCAUGCUAGCACUUAAUAGUGUGUUCUAUGUCCUCUUGGCUGUCUAUCUUGAUCAAGUCAUUCCAGGGGAAUUUGGCUUACGGAGAUCAUCUUUAUAUUUUCUAAAGCCAUCCUAUUGGUCAAAGAGCAAAAGAAAUUAUAAGGAGUUAUCAGAGGGCAAUGUUAAUGGAAAUAUUAGUUUUAGUGAAAUUGUUGAGCCUGUUUCUUCCGAAUUUGUGGGAAAAGAAGCCAUAAGGAUCAGUGGUAUUCAGAAGACAUACAGGAAGAAAGGUGAAAAUGUGGAGGCUUUGAGAAAUUUGUCAUUUGACAUAUAUGAAGGUCAGAUUACUGCAUUACUUGGUCACAGUGGAACAGGAAAGAGUACUUUGAUGAAUAUUCUUUGUGGACUAUGCCCGGCUUCUGAUGGAUUUGCAUCUAUAUAUGGAUACAGAGUCUCAGAAAUAGACGAAAUGUUUGAAGCAAGAAAAAUGAUUGGCAUUUGUCCACAGUUAGAUAUACACUUUGAUGUGUUGACAGUAGAAGAAAACUUAUCCAUUUUGGCUUCAAUCAAAGGAAUCCCAGCCAAUAAUGUAAUACAAGAAGUGCAGAAAGUUUUACUGGAUUUAGACAUGCAGGCUAUCAAAGAUAAUCAGGCUAAAAAGUUAAGUGGUGGUCAGAAAAGAAAACUGUCUUUAGGAAUUGCUGUUCUUGGGAAUCCAAAGAUACUAUUGCUAGAUGAACCAACAGCUGGAAUGGACCCCUGUUCUCGUCAUAUUGUUUGGAAUCUUCUGAAAUACAGAAGAUCUAAUCGGGUGACGGUGUUUAGUACUCAUUUCAUGGAUGAAGCUGACAUUCUUGCUGAUAGGAAAGCUGUCAUAUCACAAGGAAUGUUGAAAUGUGUUGGUUCUUCAAUUUUUCUCAAAAGUAAAUGGGGGAUUGGCUACCGCCUAAGCAUGUACAUAGACAGAUACUGUGCCACAGAAUCUCUUUCAGCCCUGGUUAAACAGCACAUACCUGCAGCCACUUUAUUACAGCAGAAUGAUCAACAGCUUGUGUAUAGCUUGCCUUUUAAGGACAUGGACAAAUUUGCAGGUUUAUUUUCUGCUCUAGACACUCACUCAAAUUUAGGUGUUAUUUCUUAUGGUGUCUCCAUGACAACUUUGGAAGACGUGUUCUUAAAGCUAGAAGUUGAAGCAGAAAUUGAUCAAGCAGAUUAUAGUGUAUUUACUCAGCAGCCACCAGAGGAAGAAGUGGAUUCAAAAUCUUUUGAUGAAAUGGAGCAGAGCUUACUUAUUCUUUCUGAAGCGAAGGCUUGUCUUGUCAGCACCAGGAGCCUUUGGAAACAGCAGGUGUACACAAUAGCAAAGUUUCAUUUGCUUACUUUGAAACGCGAAAGCAAAUCAGUAAGAUCAGUGUUCCUUCUACUUUUAAUUUUUUUUGCAGUUCAGAUUUUUAUGUUUUUGGUGCAUCGCUCUUUUAAAAAUGCUGUGGUUCCCAUCAAACUUGUUCCAGACCUGUAUUUCCUAAAACCUGGAGAGAAACCUCACAAAUACAAAACAGCUCUGCUUCUUCAAAAUUCUACUGACUUUGAUAUCAGCGAUGUUAUUAGCUUUUUCACAAACCAGAACAUAAUGGUGACCAUGUUUAAUGACAGCAACUAUGUGUCUGCUGCUCCCCACAGUGCAGCUUUAAAUGUGAUGUAUGCAGAAAAGGACUAUGUUUUUACAGCUGUUUUCAACAGCACUAUGGUUUGUUCUUUACCUGUGUUGAUGAAUAUUAUUAGUAAUUUUUAUCUUUAUCAUUUAAAUGUGACUGAAAGCAUCCAGGUUUGGAAUACCCCAUUCUUUCAAGAAAUUACAGACAUCGUUUUUAAAAUUGAGCUGUAUUUCCAAGCAGCUUUACUUGGAAUCAUUGUUACUGCAAUGCCACCUUACUUUGCCAUGGAAAAUGCCGAGAAUCAUAAGAUCAAAGCUUAUACUCAGCUCAAACUUUCAGGGCUCUUGCCGUCUGCGUACUGGAUUGGACAAGCUAUUGUUGAUCUCCCCAUAUUUUUUCUGGUUCUUAUUUUGAUGCUAGGAAGUUUAUUUGCAUUUCAUUAUGGAUUAUACUUUUAUGCUAUGAAGUUCCUUUCUGUGGUUUUUUGCCUUAUCGGUUAUGUUCCAUCAGUCAUUCUGUUUACCUAUGUUACUUCUUUCACUUUCAAAAGAAUUUUGAAUACCAAAGAGUUUUGGUCAUUUAUCUAUUCUGUGACGGCGCUGGCUUGCAUUGCAGUCACCGAAAUCACCUUCUUCAUGGGAUACACAGUUACGGCUGUUCUCCAUUAUGCCUUUUGCAUGGCCAUUCCAAUCUACCCACUUCUGGGUUGUCUGAUUUGUUUCAUAAAGAUUUCUUGGAAGAAUAUUCGAAAAAAUGAGAACACGUAUAACCCAUGGGAUAGACUUUUGGUGGCUGUUAUAUCGCCUUACCUGCAGUGUGUACUGUGGAUUUUCCUGUUACAGUACUAUGAGAGAAAAUACGGAGGCAGGUCGAUAAGAAAGGAUCCCUUCUUCAGGACCCUUUCCAAAAAAUCCAAAAAUAGGAAGUAUCCAGAACCACCAAGCAAUGAGGAUGAAGAUGAAGAUGUCAAAGCCGAAAGACUAAAGGUCAAAGAGCUAAUGAGUUGUCAGUGUUGUGAGGAGAAACCAGCCAUUAUGGUCAGCAAUUUACAUAAAGAAUAUGAUGACAAGAAAGAUUUUCUUCUUACAAGAAAAGUAAAGAAAGUUGCAACUAAAUAUGUCUCUUUCUGUGUGAAAAAAGGAGAGAUCUUGGGGCUACUGGGUCCAAAUGGUGCAGGCAAGAGCACAGUUAUCAAUAUUCUGGUUGGCGAUAUUGAACCAACUUCAGGCCAGGUAUUCCUAAGAGAUUAUUCUUCAGACCCAAAUGAAGAUGUUGAUUCCAUUAAGUAUAUGGGAUACUGCCCUCAGAUGAACCCACUGUGGCCAGACAUUACAUUGCAGGAGCAUUUUGAAAUUUACGGAGCUGUAAAAGGAAUGAGGGCGAGUGACGUGAAAGAAGUUAUAAAUCGGAUAACAAAUGCACUCGACUUAAAAGAACAUCUCCAGAAAACUAUAAAGAAACUACCUGCAGGAAUCAAGCGAAAGUUGUGUUUUGCCCUGAGUAUGCUGGGGAACCCUCCCGUUACUCUGCUAGAUGAACCUUCCACGGGUAUGGAUCCCAAAGCCAAACAGCACAUGUGGCGCGCAAUUCGAACUGCAUUUAGAAACAAAAAGCGGGCUGCUAUCCUGACCACCCACUAUAUGGAAGAGGCAGAGGCUGUCUGUGACCGAGUGGCCAUCAUGGUGUCUGGGCAGUUAAGGUGUAUUGGGACCGUCCAGCAUCUGAAGAGUAAAUUUGGAAAAGGCUACUUUUUGGAAAUUAAGUUAAAGGACUGGAUAGAAAACCUAGAAGUAGACCGCCUUCAAAGAGAAAUUCAGUAUAUUUUCCCAAAUGCAGUCCGCCAGGAGAGCUUUUCUUCUAUUUUGGCUUAUAAGAUUCCUAAGGAAGAUGUCCCAUCCCUUGCACAAUCUUUUUCUAAGCUGGAAGAAGCUAAACAUACUUUUGCCAUUGAAGAAUAUAGUUUUUCUCAAGCAACACUGGAACAGGUUUUUGUAGAACUCACUAAAGAACAAGAGGAAGAAGAUAAUAGUUGUGGAACUUUAAACAGCACACUUUGGUGGGAAAGAACACAGGAAGACAGAGUAGUAUUUUGAAUAUGUGUUGUUCUGUCUGCACACUGCAUUUAUUUCUUUUUUACUUUAUUUCUAACUUUGGUUUAAGGGUGUAUUAUUGAAUGGUAACCGAAGAACCAUGAGAGCCCUUGAGAUUUUCCGGAGUUCCUCUAUUGAAAUGCUGUGGUUGUGUCCUUUGCACUUCGUCAAAUAAAACCCGUGUGUAAAUUAUUGUAA